AUGUACAAGUUAACGAUUAUUCUGCUAAGCCUUAUAGCAGGCACAGCCUUCAGUGCUUCAAGCAAUAAUGUGCUACGUAACACAGAGCUCAAUAUAUUGCAAUUAAUGGUGGACACGCGAGACCAGCAACGCGCCAACCCGGAACAAAGUUUAGCCUGCUUUGACUAUUACCUCAAAGUUUUGGACGAUCACAACGAGGAGUACCGACUAGGCUUUGCAGCGUGCUUGGACGAAGCUGAUGAUAAAAGGAGCAAUGUCGAUGCUGCCACACAACCGGAACGCGAUGAGAUUGAGCAGUCCGCGAAGACAUCAUGUGAGGCGCUGAACGUUUGCGCUAAACUAGUUGGAUCUGUCGACUAUUUCAGUUGCUUCUCGAGUACUGGCAAAGAAAGCACCGAAAGCAUGUACGAGAUUUCAGCAAAUGCUGGCGAAUCAUUGGCAAAGGUGCGCGAAGAAUAUCGCGUAAUAGAAAGUGCUGAAUACCGUUGUACGAAUGCAACUGAGCGUCUUUACGUGGAGAAAACCUAUAAGACUAACCAGGAACUGCAAAGCUGUCUUCGAGGCGAAUCGUCUGUACCAACGACUGUUGCUCCCCCAGAAGUAUCCACCUCUAAUCCAGAAACCACACCUGCACCAGUAGAGACAACUCCCGAGACUUCAGUGGUACCUGGAGAACCUGAAACCACACCUGCACCAGUAGAGACAACUCCCGAGACUACAGUGGUACCCGGUGAACCAGAAACUACGCCUGCACCAGUAGAGACAACUCCCGAGACUACAGGGGUACCCGGUGAACCAGAAACCACACCUGCACCAGUAGAGACAACUCCCGAGUCUACAGUGGUACCCGGUGAACCAGAAACUACACCUGCACCGGUAGAGACAACUCCCGAGUCUACAGUGGUACCCGGUGAACCAGAAACUACACCCGCACCAGUAGAGACAACUCCCGAGUCUACAAUGGUACCUGCUGAACCAGAAACUACACCUGCACCGGUAGAGACAACUCCCGAGUCUACAGUGGUACCCGGUGAACCAGAAACCACACCCGCACCCGAGCCAGAAGCAACAACAGAAAGUGAUUUCAUGCCUGAAGAAGAUCUGUUUGCUAUGCGAAAACUUCUCGCUAGACUAAAAAGCAGACUUGCAUUGAGCAAGCACUAAACUGAAUAGUUGAAAUCAAUUAAAAUCAAAAAUUAACUAUCUAUGUUAUCGGAUUUAGUAUUAAAUUGAGAAAUCAUUUAUCAAAAAAAAAUAAAAUAGAAAUUAAAAGUCAUUAUUUUCUAAGAAUUCGAAAAAACUAUUUACAAAUUGUAUUAAUUCAAGAGUACAAACUCUAUUUUAUAAAUAUACCCUUAUUGGAAGAACUCAA